AAAAAACUCACUAAAUUAAUGGCAGUGACUAGUGAGGGGCAUAUUUGGGAAAUGUCGCGUAGGGGACCAAAAAUGAUUGGAGAGCUCACGUGAGACCCAACACGUCUGGUAAUUAUUAUUAAUUUAUUCCCUCUCUCUUCUACUCUGAAAUGUUGCACGCAUAACAGAUUUUCGCACCGCAUUCUGUCUACAACCAUCUCUUUUUCUCGAGAAAAUAUUCAGCGAAAAGGUCUGCUAUAUCUAUAUAUAAUUAUAUAUAUAUGUAUGCUUUGUUUCUUCUUUUUUUGUUUCCCUUUCGCUCGCAUUCCUCCGAUCGAUGAUGGUUCUUGGUUUCUGAUCUGGAUUUGAUCCACAAAUUUACGUUUGGGCCGGCUCGUACAUUUCACAAUUAAGAUCUCACAGUCAUGGAGGAAAGCUUGUGUGAAUUUGAACCUGCACCAGCCAUUGAAAUGGAGUACUUGGAGGAUUUGGCCAGACAUACACUGCCCAGAAGUUCUUCCAUUUGUUCCCUACUUGAGGCUUUAGAGGCCGUAGAGCACAUCAGAGUGGGUUCUUUCUAUCAGAUCGACCACUCCAAGCUCACCCCUCAAACCCCAGAUCAGCUUAGCUCAAUCCGGGUCGUCAUGGUGAGCGAGAAGACGGAGCUUAAGGUAGCAGUGAGGUACCCAAGCACUUACUCUCUUCGUACGCACUUCAGCGAUGGGAACGCUGGGAAACCGGAGGGGAAGAAGCUCCCUGCCCUGAGCGAGAAAUACACAAUGGGUUCAGACCUGGCUGGAGACCUGCUUUACCGAAGAAUAACACCUCAGGAAAUUGCAGAAAAGCGGAACUCAUGGAGCUUCUGGUUGGUGCCUUCUGCGGUGGCUGAGAAAGACUCAGGCCCAGACUUGAGGACUAGGCUCAGGAAUGCGGUUUCUAAAAACGGUUUGUGCUUCUCUGAGCUCAGACUCGCUGGUAUGGCCCAGUGGGGUAAGCGUAAGCAGGUCCGGUUUCUAGGCAAUAUCAUAGAGCAAAAUGUUGAAACUUUAUCGAGGAAGGCCAAAGAUGAGGAAGAAGAAGGGAGAGGAGAUGAGGAUGAGAUAGAGGAAGUUGAAGGAGAAGGUCUAUUUAAGGUAGAGUCGUCUAAGACAAGGAAGAAUCUUAAGAGAAAGUGCCAUGAUUCAAGCAGAGCUCAAAAACCCAAAACAGCAAAGCAUGAGAAGCAAUGCCAGAUUCAGGUUUGCAAUCAGAGUAAGAGGAAAAAGCUCAAAGAAUCCAUUGAAAGAUGGUCUAUGGAGAGGUAUAAGUUGGCUGAGAAGAACAUGUUGAAGAUUUUGAAGGCCAAAGGAGCUGUCUUUGGGAACCCUAUAUUAAGGCCAGCUCUGAGAACGGAGGCAAGGAAGCUCAUCGGCGAUACUGGUUUAUUAGACCAUUUGCUGAAGCAUAUGGCUGGAAAAGUGGCGCCGGGUGGGGCUGAGCGGUUCCGGCGGCGGCACAAUUCUGAAGGGGCCAUGGAGUAUUGGCUGGAGUGUGCUGAUCUAGUAAAUAUCAGAAAGGAAGCUGGGAUUCAGGACCCUUAUUGGACUCCACCACCUGGAUGGAAGCCUGGAGAUAACCCCUCUCAGGAUCCCAUUUGUGCCAGAGAGCUAAGGGAGCUCAAGGAAGAAAUUGCCAAAAUGAAAAAGGAUAUGCAGGAGCUAGUGACCAAGGAGCCAGAGGACAAUCUAGCUAUUGUCCCUGUCCCAACCUCUUCUGUGACGAGUCUUAAAUGGGAUCUUAAAGGCUCAUUGAUUCCAUUGAAGGAAAUGCAUAUUGAAUUGAUGAAUAGGAAAUCUAAGAUUGAAAAACAGCUGAUGGAAAUUUCACAAUUCUUGAGCAGAAUGGAGGAGCAAAUGGGGAUGCUGAAAUCAACAUUGGAGGAACCAAUCAUGUCUGAAGCAGUGGCGCCACCGCCAUUAUUGAUAGGAUCGCCAAUAACAACAUCCGACAAUGAAAGAGAGAGAAAAGAGUUGGAACAAAAGAACAAAUCAGCAAUCAAAUCAAUUGAAGAGCAAAAGGCCGGGGGUAAGUGGGGGGACAAGAAGGCAGCAGUGACAGCAACAGAGGACAAGGCAGCAAAGAUAGAAAGGCUAAAGAGCGGGUUCAGGAUUUGCAAGCCACAGGGUACCUUCCUGUGGCCAAACAUGGCCAUGUCCCCUCAGUCGUCUGUGGUCAACCUUGAAGACUUCCUAGCUGUCCGAACCCCACCCUCAGCCUCUUCCGCGACCUCAGCAACCCACUUCCUCCAGCUUCCAUGGAACCCCCACCCAGCUUCACCUAUCAAACCAUUGGCUGAGAAGCUCCCUGUCAGCAAUGUCGGCAUUCUUGACAGUGUCACUAAACCCGCCCCAUCUCCUCCUCCUCCACCUGAGACCCCCGAAACCACUUUCAAGAGCUGUGUCAUCAACCUCAAUGAGCCCCCUCAGAUCCAACACAGUGACACUGGCUUCUGUGGGACAAUCACCUACCAAAGACGGCACCAUAACUUGACGUCCGAUGCUUCAAUGCCACGUUUGGUAAUGGGUAAGAAUGAAGACGAGGGAACAGAAGCAAAGGAUAUGACGAGCAAUUGUGAUGAGCAGCAGCAAACCCCUUGUGGUUGCUCCUCUUCCACCUCCAACUCCUCGUGGUUGGCUAUGGCUACUUCCAACCCGUCUUAUUUGGAAAAGUCCAAUCGGGGUUGAUUGGUUUUAAUUUGCCUAAUCACAUCAUUUAUAUAUAGUGAAGUUUAAUAAAUUGAUACAAGUCGAUCUUCCUAGGGAAUAUAACAAUAUACUAUAAUUACAGUACUUGUGGACAGUAUAUCAAACUUGCAAUAGGGGAAUAGGGGAGAAUUAAAUAUUGGGUGUGCGGGUUCUGGAAAGAGAAAUUGACACACUCGUACGUAUAUGUCUCUUUUGGAAGAAGGAAAGGUUUAAAAAGACAAAGUUAUAGCUACGUACGUGUA